AAAUUAUGUAAAUGGCGCCAAUCUGUAAGGUUGCUGCUAUACACAUAAACAAAUAUUUAUAAAUAUACAGAUGCUUUCAGCGAUACAUUAAUGUGAAUAUGACCAUGUUUGAGAUGUAAUAGCGUGGCAGCUCGUGUACUAAAAAUUCAAUAUAGUGGCAGCUUUUCGCAGUAUAUUUUGACAGAACGCUGAUUGCGUUCGUAAACGUCAAAAAUAAGAGUCGUGAAGUUUGGAAAUUUGUUGAGAAAAUUAUUGAAGAUUGUGUUAAUACCAUAGAAAAUGAAAAAUGUGUUCCAUAUGAGAUAUAUGCUUUCAAUUAUGUCGUAAAAUAAUAUUAAAAGAAAUAUGUAAAAUCUAUAUAAUGUUGUAAGGCGAAGCUCUCAAAAAUAAGUCAAUUUUUUAAAAUUCAAAGAGUGAGAAAUAAUAUGUUCAAGUUGAAUGAAAUAUUUAAGUUCAGAUUAUAUUGCAACUUAUUGUUUAACGGUGCUAAAAUUGUAGAAAUGAAGUAGUGAAAAAAGUGUUCAUAUGGUUCAGUGGGUUUUUUUUUUUCAAAAAUGUGACCUACAAUUAGUUGUGAAAAAAUUAAAAGAAAUGAUUCCCGGACCUUAUAUACCGUAAAUUAACUUCAACCUUCGACCUUAAACGUGCACUCCCACCUCUAAGCGCACCUCCUUCACAGUCUCACAUAAUGCAAGCAAAAAAACGCUACAUACUUGUCAUUGUUUCCUGUGCGUUUCUUGCGUAUUGUUAUUUUGGUGGUUAUCGACUGAAAAAAAAUAAUCGUCGAGUUCGAUUGAAUACUGCAUAUUCGUCAUAUUCUUCUUUAAAAACGGUUAAUGAGUUACCAAGCUAUUUUACGCAUAACUCUAAAUUGGAAAUAGAAAAAGUAGCAACUGCAGAACAAAUAAAUGUAUAUCGUGGGGAAAACUUUAAUAUUGCAUCGCAACUUGGAAAUACCAACUCUCGUUCUUGUCGCAUGGAAACUUGCUUCGACUUUACAAAAUGCUACGAACAAUUUCUAGUUUAUGUGUAUCCCCCUGAGCCACUGAAUUCACUUGGAGCUGCACCACCUAUUUCAGCAAAUUAUCAAAAAAUCAUAUCAGCAAUAAAAGAAUCGCGAUAUUAUACUGCCGAUCCCGAACGUGCUUGUCUCUUUGUGUUAGGUAUCGAUACAUUAGAUCGCGAUUCACUAUCAGAAGAUUAUGUCCGAAAUGUGCCGUCGCGUCUUACACGUUUACCGUAUUGGAAUAAUGGGCGCAACCAUUUAAUUUUUAAUUUAUAUUCCGGUACAUGGCCUAAUUACGCUGAACAAUCUUUGGGGUUUGAUCCUGGUGAAGCUAUAUUAGCUAAAGCUAGUAUGAGUGUAUUACAUAUGCGAAGAGGCUUUGAUAUAAGCGUUCCGUUAUUUCAUAAGCAGUUUCCUCUCCGCGCUGGUGCUACAGGAUUAGUGCAAUCGAAUAACUUCCCGGCGAAUAAGAGAUAUUUGCUUGCCUUUAAGGGCAAACGAUAUGUACAUGGGAUUGGAUCUGAAACUCGAAACUCUCUCUUUCACUUACAUAAUGGACAGGAUAUUGUUCUGGUAACAACAUGUCGACAUGGCAAAAGUUGGAGAGAGUUGCAAGAUGCGAGAUGUGAUGAAGAUAACAGAGACUAUGACAGAUACGAUUAUGAAACUCUUCUGCUAAAUUCUACAUUUUGCUUGGUUCCACGUGGGAGACGUUUGGGUUCAUUUAGGUUUCUGGAAGCACUUCAGGCUGGUUGUAUACCUGUGCUGCUCUCCAAUGGUUGGGUGCUGCCUUUUGAAUCAAAAAUCGAUUGGAAGCAAGCGGUGAUAUGGGGCGAUGAACGACUUUUACUACAAAUUCCUGAUAUGGUCCGUUCUAUUCCUGCUGAACGUAUAUUCGCGUUAAGACAACAAACACAAGUACUAUGGGAAAGAUAUUUUGGAUCUAUUGAAAAGAUUGUUUUUACAACGUUCGAGAUAAUUCGUGAACGCUUGCCUGAUUAUCCAGUUCGGAGUACAUUUAUAUGGAAUACAUCUCCUGGUGCUUUACUUACUCUUCCUACAUUUGCAGAUAGUUCAAGAUAUUUGCCGUUUCAGUUGGAUUCAUUGUAUAUGGAACCACGUCACAACUAUACAGCAGUUAUCUAUGUGCAAAUAGGUGCCCCACUUACUACAAAUUCUGCUCUUUAUAAACUAGUCAGAACAAUUGCUAAAAGUCAAUUUGUAGAUAAGAUAAUUAUUUUGUGGGCUGCUGAUCGUCCAAUUCCUUUAAAAAAACGUUGGCCAACAACAUAUCACAUACCAUUCCAUGUAAUAUCGAUAAGUGGCUCUAUUCAGAUAAUAAAACAGCAUAAUGCUAACCAAGCCGGUUCCUUUGCUAAUUUUGUAAAUAAACUAGGCAAUGAAAAAGAUCAGGCUGAGCCACACAAUACAGCAUAUACUGCUGAAACGACUGAAGAACGACCUAGCAUAUCAGAACGCUUUUAUCCAUAUCCUGAAAUUCAAACAGAUGCUGUACUUUCAUUAGAUGAAGAUGCAAUACUCAACACAGACGAACUGGAUUUCGCAUAUACUGUAUGGCGUGAUUUCCCUGAUCGAAUUGUUGGCUAUCCUGCUCGAGCACAUUUUUGGGAUGAUGCAAAGAAUGCUUGGGGUUAUACAUCAAAGUGGACUAACUACUAUUCGAUUGUGCUAACAGGUGCAGCUUUUUAUCAUCGCUAUUACAACUAUUUGUACACCAACUGGUUGUCGUUACUACUUUUAAAGACUGUACAGCAAUCUUCAAAUUGUGAAGAUAUAUUGAUGAAUUUGCUGGUAUCUCACGUAACAAGAAAACCGCCGAUCAAAGUAACGCAACGCAAAGGGUACAAAGAUCGAGAAACAGGGCAUUCACCAUGGAAUGAUCCCGACCAUUUUAUACAAAGGCAAAGUUGUUUAAAUACCUUUGCGGCAGUUUUCGGUUACAUGCCAUUGAUUCGGUCAAAUUUGCGAUUAGAUCCAGUUUUGUAUCGAGAUCCAGUUUCCAACUUACGUAAAAAAUACCGUCAGAUAGAAUUAGUUGGUAGCUAGCGUUACACCAAUUGACUCUAUAAAUAAAUUAGGUCAAGCGGCCAUAAAUACACAAAUACAUAAACACCUAUUAACCAUGUACACAUAACAUGCAAUAGUAUGCGAAGUCAAAUAUUAAUGUUAAUUAAAAGUUAAUUAAAAUAAUUAUAUAAUAAUUAUAUAAGCUUAAGCAAAUAUAAUAUGUAAUGUAAAAAUUGAUACUUACUAGAGUAUAAAUAUUAGAGCAUAAAGAACACAGAUAUUAAAAAAAAAGAAUGCCAUAUGCUUAUGACUAAGCAAACCGUAAAGGAACAAACAAUAAAUUACCAAUUUUUAUUCCAAGUAAUAAGUUAACACACACACAAAAGGAGGAAACACAUAUGUUAUGAAUAUGUAUGUAUUUUAAGUAGCCGAUGUUUUACAAUUUUCUAUGUUUUGUUAUAUAUUUUAUACACAAUAUGAUAUAUGUAUAUAUAUAUAUCUAUACGAGUUUAUAAGGAAGUUUAGAUAAAAACUUAACUGAAACUGAAAAGUAACAAUAAUUAUAUUUUCUAGAUAAAUUAAAUAAAACUGAUCUUUUGUAAAUGUUGCAAUUUUCUAAGCGAAGUUAAAUUUUUAUAAAUGCACACUCGAAAAUAUCCUGUAUGCUAGUGUGAGUAAAUGUGAACAGAAUGCGUCACAAAUUCCAACCCUUUUUUUUUUAAUUUGUCCACAUAUUAAAAUAAUAGGAUAAAUUUAUAAAUAUACAUCAGAUGUACGCAUUC